AUGGAUUUUCUCUCCGACCAACUAAAGAAGAAAUUCUCCGACAACAAACCGGAGAAUUCAGGAUCCGAUCCGAACCACAACAACAACAAACCCGGUCACACCGAUCCAACCCACAAACCAGUUUCCAGCGCCGAUCCAACCCAUAAACCAGCUUCCAGCGCCGAUCCAAAUGCACACAGGCCAGCUUCCAAUGCUGAGCUCAUGGCUAGCGCCAAGAUUGUAGCCGAAGCUGCUCAAGCCGCUGCUCGUAACGAAUCAGACAAACUCGACAAAGCUAAAGUCGCCGGAGCCGCCGCCGAUAUCCUCGACGCCGCUUCUAGAUACGGCAAGCUCGAUGAAAAGAGCGGUGUUGGUUCGUACCUCGAAAAGGCUGAAAACUAUCUCCACAAGUAUGAAACUUCACACUCCCAAAACUCCGGCGGUGUCUCCGGCGGAGGUACUCACGGCGGUGUAGCCGGCGGAGGUAGCCACGGAGGUGGAGCUGGAGAACCAGCGGCUAAGAAAGGGGAUGAUAAAUCCGGAGGUGGUAGCCAUGGAUUUGGAGACUAUGCUAAGAUGGCUCAAGGUUUCAUGAAGUGA